AGAAAUAUGAUGGCUCAGUCGGAUUUAGAUCUAAAAGAGACAGCUCUGAAAGAGGAUUUGAAGUUUUACUUCAUGAACCCGUGUGAAAAAUACAGAGCAAGACGUCAAAUACCAUGGAAACUGGCUUUGCAGAUUUUGAAGAUACUUAUGGUUACUACACAGCUUAUUUUUUUUGGUUUGAGUAACCAGUUGGUGGUCUCCUUCAAAGAGGAAAACGCUAUUGCUUUUAAACACCUAUUCCUGAAAGGCUACUCCGGAGUUGAUGAAGAUGACUACAGCUGCAGUAUAUAUACACAACAGGAUGCUUAUGAUAGCAUUUUUUAUGUUAUUAAUCAGUACAGGCAAUUAAAGAAUAUAUCCUUGGGGACGCUUGGUUAUGAACAUGAAGGAUCAGGUUUAAAAAUCUGUAAACAACAGUACAAGAAAGGCACAAUGCUUCCUUCCAAUGAUACGCUGGCCAUAGAUGUUUCUACUGAAACAGAAUGUAUCUUUUUAAAGCCACAGGAGCUAGCUGCUAAGGCUGAACUGAAGCUGAACUCCUCUUUUUUCAAUCUUGAAUUUUACAGGCUUAUACAGGUUGAAGUCUCCUUCAAGCUGAAAGGCAUUGCUCUACAGACAAUCCAUGCCCGUGAAUUGCCUGACUGCUAUGCAUUUCAAAAUACUAUAACUUUCAAUAAUAGAGCCCACAGUGGAAAAAUCAAGAUCUAUUUUGACAGUGACACUGAUAUUCAGGAAUGCAAAGACUGGCACAUAUUUGGUUCUGUUCUCCAGAAGAACACUCAGUAUAUUCUAGUCUUUGAUGGAUUUGUCAUUCUAAGUUGCUUUGCUUCUCUCAUCCUCUGCACACGAUCCAUUGUUCUUGCCUUGAGACUACAAAAGAGAUUUGUGAACUACUUCUUGGAGAAAUAUAAGCGUCAUGUCUGUCACGCGGAUCGCCUGGAGUUCAUAAAUGGAUGGUAUGUCCUGGUAAUUAUCAGUGAUGUGAUGACAAUCAUUGGGUCAAUCCUAAAAAUGGAAAUAAAAGCCAAGAACCUCACAAGUUAUGAUAUCUGCAGCAUUUUACUUGGAACAUCAACUUUGUUUGUCUGGGUUGGAGUCAUCAGAUACCUGGGAUAUUUUCAAACCUACAAUGUGCUCAUCUUAACUAUGCAGGCGUCAUUGCCCAAAGUGCUAAGGUUUUGUUGUUGUGCUGGGAUGAUUUAUCUUGGCUAUACUUUCUGUGGUUGGAUUGUCCUGGGACCGUACCAUGAAAAGUUUGAAGACCUGAACACCGUGGCUGAGUGUCUGUUUUCUUUGGUCAACGGUGAUGAUAUGUUUGCGACAUUUGCUCAAAUCCAGCAGAAGAGCAUGCUGGUGUGGGUGUUCAGUCGGUUGUAUCUGUAUUCCUUCAUUAGCCUGUUUAUAUACAUGAUCCUCAGCCUUUUUAUUGCACUCAUUACUGACUCCUAUGACACCAUAAAGAAAUACCAACAAAGUGGGUUUCCAGUAACAGAUCUGCACGAAUUUCUAAAAGACCAUGGCAGUGCUGGUUACAGAAAAGAACGGACUUCCAUGCCAUUCAUCUGCUGCUGUAGGAGACAACAGAGUGAUGACAACCUGAUACUUAUUAAUUGAUGAUCACACAUUGAAAAUCACCACUGAUGCAUACAUAGAAAGCACAGUUUUAUGGAGAAGAAUAAUUCUCCAAGUUGCAAUGAAAUCCACUAUCUAGACCUGCCAUGUGAACAGACUAAUGAAGGCGUUGGGAAGAAAAGCUGCUAGAGUGACAGCAGCCGGCUGACCAGGAGGAGAGCCCGGAAGCUGUGUCUGGAGGAGAGCUGUGAAGAACUCUCCAUUCUUGUCCCAAGUUCUGCCACAUUAAAGAA